AUGUACUCACCCAUACCUUCCAACAUUCCCCAAAAGCUAACCCCAUCACCAGCCCUCGCCGACGCCCUAAACCACCUCGGGAUAACCCCCGUCUACCACAUGCGCGAAGUCGCCCCCAACGCCCACCAAGACCUCUGGAUCCGCGCCAUAUCCGACAACCUCCCCCCCUCCUCCCCUCCGCGCCCCUGGACCCGCGAGCAGUGGGACCUCCUCCUCCCCCCCUACGCCGCCGUUUCCGACUUCCCCCCCGCCCUCUUCGCGACCGCCCUGGCCGCCGCGUACCCGGACUGCCCGAUCAUCCUCUCAACGCGCCCGUUCGAGGCCUGGGCGGCCUCGAUGCGGGAUACGCUGAUCCACGGGCACCUGAACCGCGACCCGGGACGGGUGUCGCCGAUGGCGGGGUUGGCGGCGGCGUAUCAUGCCGCGUGCUGGGGGGACGAUUUCGAGGGGAACGGGAGGGGGUAUUUUGAGAGGCAUCAUGAGGAGGUGAGGGCGUUGGCGGGGGAGGGGAGGAGGGUUUUGGAGUAUCGUCCUGGAGAUGGGUGGGGGCCGCUUUGUGAGUUUCUGGGGGUGGAUGUGCCGGAUGUUCCGUUUCCGAGGAGUGAUGAUUGGGUCGAGUAUAAGAAGAUGGUUGAGAGGGAGAGGGCGGAGAAGGCGAGGCAGGGUGCUGAGGUCACCGCGGGAAGCAAUUAG